AUGACGGCCCACAGCAACGGGCUGCUGUCGCCCAUGUCUGCCACGUUUCCCUCGAAGCAGUAUGCCACGCUCGCGCCCAGCGACUCGGUCUCGCAGAGGGCCUCGCCCGCCACGCUGUAUACGCCCGCCAGCGCGACGUUCCCCUACACGCCAGCGACCAUGGACACGGACGGCCCUUCGUUGAGCGGGUCUGAGAACCCCAAUCCGUUCAACUUCCAGUCGGUGACGUAUCAGCCAGGGCGACCCCAGGCCAAAAGCAACGACGUCGGACGCAGACGAGGACACAAGUACAAGCACAGCAGUGUAUCGCACCAGAUCUUUCUAGAACCCGCCCCCCGCGCGCCGCUCCAACUGCCCGCCUCGCUGCCCAUUCCCACGUUCAAAGAGUACCGUUCAUCCAUGUCCAAGGACCAGAAGCUACGGCUAGCAUGGUGCUUCUGCCACUUGGUGGUCGCCGGUCUGGUGCAAUGGGGCGCACACGAGUCGCUGGCGCUGACGGUGCUGUCCCGUCUGCUCUUCUACGAUGCGCUGGGCGCAUUUCUGUGCGUGGCUGUAGACGUGGGGGCAAACUUUGAGGUUUGGAAGCGGUCGAGCAUCCGCCAUCCGUUUGGAUUUGAGCGUCUCGAAGUCAUUGCAGGGCUCGGCAUGUCGGUGGGGUUGCUGUUCAUGGGGCUAGAUCUGAUAUCUCACGGACUGACGCACGCGCUCGAAAACACGGGCGGGCACCAUGCGCACCAUGGCGAUGCGCACGAGCGGGUGUCUCCCGGGAGCAUUGACUUGGCUGCGCUGAGCGGCAUUGUGUCGACGCUGGUGUCGGCAAUGGUGCUCAAGAACCACGCGCGCAUCGGCAAGGUGAUGCGGAUGGGGGCCAUUGCCAACCUGCCGUCGGUGCUCAGCAACCCGUCGCACUUUCUGACGCUGUCGUGCUCGGCGCUGCUGCUGAUUCUGCCGCUGCUGAGCAUCCGCAUGUACGUGUGGCUCGACAGGAGCGUUUCCUUCUCGGUUGCGUUUGCCAUGGUGGCACUAGGGUGGAUACAGGGGUGGACGCUGGGCAAGAUGCUGCUCAUGUCGUACUCGGGGCCCGGGGUGGCGGACGUGAUCCGCGACGUGGAGACUGAUGCGGCGGUCGGGAGGGUUGAGGAGGCCAAGUUCUGGCAGGUUCACUACGGGCUGUGCCAGGCGAAUCUCAAGGUGCGGGUGCGGAAUCUGGAGGAAAUUGGGCGUCUCCGGGAUCGCAUCGGCAGCAUGGUGCGAAACCGGUUGGGCGGCGGAUACGGCAGCGGCGGGGGGCAGAAGUGGGAGGUGUCGACGCAAAUUGUGCUGGAGCAGGAUUAA